AUGCUAAACUCUUCGGGUGAAGCCAGCUGGUCUGAGGAGGAGCGGAGGCGGCGCCCUGGAGGGAACACACCUAGACAUGCACCCCGGCGUGCACCCCCACGGGCCUCGCGACGACUAUUUGACCCUAGCGAGACGGACAGCCAGAAGAGCCUCAGGAUCCGCCGCAAGCUGCCGCACCUGCCGCCCGACCAGGAGGCAGCGCCGCUGCCGUCGCAUAAAAAGAAUUCUUUUGGACUCAACGCCAAGGACAGAGUCAGGUCACAGAUGGCACGCCAGUCUUCCCUGGACGGUACCAGCUCCUCCGGACGCGUGGGUGGGUCGCUUACCAUGGGUAGGCCCUCCUCCAGCAUGACCAAUCUAGCUAAUAUUUCCAAAACUCCAGAUAUCACCCUACCCAUUCGCCCAGGAUCUGCUCUGGGUAUCCUAGGUCACACAAGCAACAGUAUGCGUAGUUCGACCACAUCAGGACCUCAGCUGAAGUCCGGCUUGCCCUCCAGCAUCGCCCAGUGCCUCCCGCCCGACCUACACCACCUCAUCUACACCAAUGUUCCACCCCACUCUAUUGCAGACAACUAUGGCUCUCAGCAGCUGCCAGAAUACAUGCAGAACCUGAAGGAACAGCUGAGGGAGGAGCUCAAGUCCACCACAGGCGACCGGCGGGCCAUCCUGGAGGCCGAGUUGCUCCGGCUGCAUGAAGACCGGCGCCGUGCCCUCACUGAUAAGGACAAGGACAGGGACGGUCGCUUGCGCAGGGAGCUGGACCGCCUUUCCUCCUCGAGCUACACGGGAUCGCUGACGCUCAAGCAGAGAAUGGAAAUACAGCGUCGUCUGGGCAUGACUUCUGGCACGAGCAAUUCCACUGGGUCAGCCAGCUCCUCCCCGAGGAACCACCGCCGCAGGGGGCACAGACGCCAAAUGUCCGACCCAAAGAUUUUCUCUUCAAUAUCCCCUAUAAAGGAGGACAAGGACUUGGAGAAAGAACUGGAGAGAUCUCUUUACGGCGGGAGUCUCCGCGACACUGCCAUCAACUGCAUGGACGAUGAUGACCUUCUGGCAGCUCGCCUUUUAGGACUGAACAGUUCAGCAGCGAUAUAUUUCCUCUCCAGAAAACACUGGACGUCGGAGCUCCGAGAGCGGUUUAGCCACUGA